AUGUCUGUUCGAUCAACUGGGUACACGAUUACUGAAGAUGUGCUCCUUUGUCAAGUAUUCUUGGAUAUUUAUCAAGACCCUAUUAUCGGUAGAAACCAGUCUCGAGAUGCAUUUUGGUCUCGUGUGGAGGACAAAUACAAUGAACUUCGAGAUCAGCAUUUUGAGAUGCGUACGAGCCGAUCAAUUCGAAUGGAAAUCAUAAGUAAUGAAGUAAGGAAAUUGAAUGCGUGCUUGAGACAAGUAGAGAAUCUGAAUCCAAGUGGUGCUUCAGAUGAAGAUAUUUUAGUUCGAGCAAAGAUGUUAUUUAUGCAAGAACCAAAGUACAAAAAAGGUUUCAAAUUUGAUCAUGUCUGGAAUAUGGUUAAAAAUUUCGAAAAAUUCAAAGAUGAUGUCCCCACAGCAAGACAAGUUGGUCGAAGACAAUCCCAAAGUGUGAACUUCGACUCGUCACAAUCAGAUAAUCCCACUCCGGAAUCUCCUAUAUCAACAUCUCCUGGACUGUCAUCAUUUACUCCAUCUGAACGACCUAUUGGGGUAAAAAAAGCUAAAUUGAAAAGGAAAAAUGAUGAUCAUGAGUCAAGUGUAGUGGACUCCAUCGAGACCUCCAACAAUCGACUUAUAGACAGGUUAGACAAGGCGAGCUUGGACAGGCAAGAAGCAUUUGAUAUCGAACGAGAAAAGAUAGCCAUGAAAAAAGAUAGAGAUGAAUGGAAAAUUAUAAUGAAAGAUUUGAAUUCCAUUGCUGAUCCAAACGUGCGUGAGUACGUUCGAGCUCAACAUAUUAAAAUAAUACAAAAAAGAAAUCAACAAGAACAAGGGUCUGCUUCUAAUUUUGGCAAUUAUUUUAAUGAUAUUGGACACUCUGGCCCCGAUCUACCAGAUUAUUGA